AUGGGCAGGUAUCGCAGACGCCGUUAUGAAGAAUUCCUCGCCCCUGAUGCCCAGGCCCUUCGAGGAGAGGAGAAGACGACCAGCCAUCUGGAAGAUGACCCUCGGCUAUCAAUAAAGCCUCCUAGGCAAUACAAAGGGCCGCUACAGCAAACAACUACCGCCACCCCUGUCGAAACUGCUAGUUCGCUCAUCCAACAGAGAAAAAGUGUAGCACCUUCGUCAGAUGAGAUUCGUAUCCUAGGAGUCUCUCCAGUUGUCACCGGCAGGCGUGGCACAGUCGAGACCGGUUCACAAUUACCAAUGGACACGCCAAACGUCGGCUCCUCUGUUUCGGAAGAUGCUUGGGACCAAGGGCCGCCAGCAUACUCACCACGUCGAUCACCACUCUAUAUGGAGGAUUGGAAACCUGGAAGAGUACCAUUUGAUUCAGCAAAUCAUCAGACUCGAGUUUAG